AUGAAGACUAAGAACAAGCAAACGAAAUUUCCUGUGGCGAGGAUAAAGAAGAUCAUGCAGAAGGACGAGGAAGUGGGUAAAGUUGCGCAGGCGACGCCUAUCGUGAUAUGUAUGUAUGCCCUUGGUUCAACUUCCCUGUCUAAAGCGCUGGAGCUCUUCUUGUCAAUGAUAGUUGAGGAAGCAUGCAAUGUUACCGUCCAUCGCGGUGCGAAGAAGGUCGAAGCAUAUCACCUAAAACAUGCCGUGGAAACAACAGAGAUGUUUGAUUUCCUGAAGGAGAUAGUCGAGUCCGUUCCCGAUCCUUCCGCCGGGGGUACGAUCGAUCUCGACUGCAGAGGGUGGCGGAGAGGGGCAAAAGAGAAAAAGAGGUGGGAAAGCGAAGAAAAACGGUGCUGCUGCACAAGGAGGUGCGUCGUCGAGUGAGCCUAAGAGGCGGAGGAAGAAGAAACCCGUGGACGCUACUGAGAGCAGUGCUGAUCCCGGAGGCAGUAAGUCGGACGCGGAAGGUGAUGUUGCCAUGGAAGAAGACGGGGAAGGUGAAGGUGGGAAAUCAAGCCGACAUUAUCGAGGGCAUCAUGACGAUGAUUGGCAGGAAGAUGAUGAUACUUCUUAACGUCCCUAGAUGAGUGAUAUAGGACGUUGGAGGUGUGUAGCACAUAUUUCGGAGCCGCUCAUUGGCUACUGUACAGUUUUGUUUUGCGAAGUUAAUAAUCAGGACUACAGCGUACGACGACGGUGGAUUACACGAGUUCGACUUCUCCCC